AGGAUCUGAAUCCGACAAGAAAGGCCCAAACAACUAAUGGGCCUUAUAAGCCGAAUAGAAUCAUCUCUUUUAAAUUUUCUGGUAUAUAUCAAAUUCAUACAAGAUUAUAUUGGUUAUUACAAAACAGUUUAGGACAUUUUGGAACCAUGGAGGAAUCACCAAAAAUCUUCCUCCGGCCGUUUAAUCUCUCAGACGCCGGAGAUGUUCUUAAAUGGGCCGGUGACGAUGACGUCACGCGUUACCUACGUUGGGACUCCAUUAAAACCGUGGAAGAAGCCCAACAACACAUACUCCAAAAGGCCAUACCACAUCCAUGGCGCCGUUCCAUCUCUCUCCUCGACGACGGUCGUUCUAUAGGUUGCGUCUCCGUCAGGCCCGAUUCCGGCGAUGGUAUGUGCCGGGCCAACCUCGGAUACGCCGUCGCAAAAGAGUUUUGGGGCCGGGGGAUAGCCACGGCGGCCGUGAGGAUGGCCGUGGAAGAAGCUUUGGAGGUUUUUCCGACGGUGGUGAGGAUACAAGCGGUGGUGGAAGUGGAGAACAAAGCGUCUCAGAAGGUUUUGGAGAAAGCUGGGUUUCAGAAAGAGGGUUUGCUAAAAAAGUAUGGUCUUUGCAAAGGAGUGGUUAGAGACAUGUUUUUGUAUAGUUUUGUUAAGGAUGAUUGUUGAUUCUAAUAUAAUAUUAAGGG